AUGCAGCAAUCGUCACCAUCACCUGCCGAGACCCUUGACGUUGUUCCCCCCCCUUCCGAAUCAUCUCCUCGAGCGGCACUUGUAGCUCUUGUUGAAGAGAGCGAUCUUUCUGACCUCGGAGUGUCUAUACGUCAGCUCGAAGAGUCUUUCAAUUCCCGCUUCCAGUACCCCUGGGUCUUCUUCAGCACCAAGCCCCUCAACGAGGACUUCCGCGAGGUCGUCUCUGCUGCCACCACGUCCGCCUGCUUCUACGAAGUCAUCACCCCCUGCAACCACUCUCUCAAUGAAUCGCAUGACCUGGCCAGCCCGGCACACUGUCAUCGAUGCCCUGCCCACCACAGUCUCGACUUUCUCGCCAAGCAAGGCAGGAUGAGAGACUAUGACUGGUUCUGGCGAGUUGAGCCAGGCGCACUUUUCACCGAACUCAUUGAAUUCGAUGUCUUCCGCUUCAUGAAGAACCACGACAUUGGCUAUGGCUGGCUUGCCGGACCCCGACUCUACUGGCUAGACGAUGCAAGCAGCCACCUGCCCAAACCCAACUCGUCCCGCGCAGAAAAGGGGAUGUCCCCACUCGACGGCGCUGCUGGUACCUGUGACCUUGUAGCCUGUAACAUGGACGGCGGUCAUUCUCACGACUUUAUGGUAUUACAUUCCGGUUUUGGCAUUCCUUUCGUUAGAGCUGGUGGGAAUCUUGUAAACUUUGGUACUGACUGGAAGCAGAAGUGCAUGAAGGGUGUGCAGACUAAGGCGGUCAAUUGCCUUGGCCCGAGAACCCAACUCGGAUCAGUCGCCUUUUUCCAAAGCGAGGGCCAUGAAGCCCUUAUUCAACACUCCCUCAGAGAGCACUGUGACGCCCAGCCAGUAGACGAGGAUGAUUCCAUUCCCGGUGUCCGUACCAUCAGGAGAUUCCCAAGAUAUCGUCUGGGAACCCCCCGCAGGGUCACUCGAGGCAUCAAGCCAAAGUUUCCGGAACCAACGCCAGCUCCGGUUAUCAGCGUGCUGCUCUACCACGUCGCCUUGGGCAUGGAGAAACAUCACUCACACUGGGUUUGGAUUUGUGAGGACAUCAGCCGACAGGCACAUAUACCUGGACUGCAGUCUGGAAACACGGUCGUUGACGAGCGUAAUUUUACGCCAUCUCAUUUAUUUUGA